AUGGCGAGCGGGCGCUUCUACACCAAGCCGCCGCAGUGCGUGGACAUCCCCGCGGACUUGCGGCUGUGCCACAACGUGGGCUACAAGAAGAUGGUGCUGCCCAACCUGCUGGAGCAUGAGACCAUGGCCGAGGUGAAGCAGCAGGCCAGCAGCUGGGUGCCCCUGCUCAACAAGAACUGCCACAUCGGCACCCAGGUCUUCCUCUGCUCGCUCUUCGCGCCCGUCUGCCUGGACCGGCCCAUCUACCCGUGCCGCUGGCUCUGCGAGGCCGUGCGCGACUCUUGCGAGCCGGUCAUGCAGUUCUUCGGCUUCUACUGGCCCGAGAUGCUCAAGUGUGACAAGUUCCCCGAGGGGGAUGUCUGCAUCGCCAUGACCCCGCCCAAUGCCACCGAAGCCUCCAAACCCCAAGGCACAACCGUGUGUCCUCCAUGUGACAACGAGUUGAAAUCUGAAGCCAUAAUCGAACAUCUCUGUGCGAGCGAGUUUGCACUGAGGAUGAAAAUAAAAGAAGUGAAGAAAGAAAAUGGUGACAAGAAGAUCGUCCCCAGGAAGAAGAAGCCCCUGAAGCUGGGGCCCAUCAAGAAGAAGGAGCUGAAGAAGCUGGUCCUGUACCUGAAGAACGGGGCCGACUGCCCCUGCCACCAGCUGGACAACCUCGGCCACCACUUCCUCAUCAUGGGCCGCAAGGUGAAGAGCCAGUACUUGCUGACGGCCAUCCACAAGUGGGACAAGAAAAACAAGGAGUUCAAAAACUUCAUGAAGAAAAUGAAAAAUCACGAAUGUCCCACUUUCCAGUCGGUCUUUAAAUGAAUCUCUUGGGGCGGGUUGGGGAGGGAGCCGUGGGUUGGGGUGAGGGGUGGGGCCUGAGCAGACGCCGGAACUCACCGCUUCUGUGGGUAGAGAACCUUGUAGUCCAGUUGGCUUUCCUCUUGCAGCCCCCCUACUCUACCCUCCACACCCCGGUAUAGCUAGUAUUUAAAGCUGCACACCCAGGUAAGGAAACCCUGUUAGAUUAGGAAGCCUUGUAUGAUCUCCAGUCUGGAGCAGUGUGUCACUGAGGACAGGAGGUGCAAAGCCAGUCACUCAGAGACACGAUCAACCCUAGACAUAGUCAACCAGAGACACGCUCACUAAAGAGAAAAUUUUUCCACGCACACAGAAAAGGGAUUAAGCAAAAUGUGAGGGACAGCAGCAAAAACUAAGUCCUGCACCUUUCUUUGUGUCUUUACAAAUUGCUUAUGGGUCGAUCAGUUACUCCUUUGGAAGCAGGAAAUUCUAACUAUUGGGAAGACACAUUACUUUUUGUUUCAGAGUAAUUGUUGUGUCUGCUUGAGACAGAGACAAGCACCUGCCACACUUACAACUUAAGAUCAGUUCCAGAGAGCAGAGGGUGCAGGGAAGAAAAGCACAGCACAGUAAGCAACAGCAAAAGCAACGGGAGGCCACGCCUGCCCUUCCUGCCCAUGGGCUUGUCUUUCGCUAUGAACCAGCCAGUCUCAGACGCCAUGUGAGUGGCAGUUGACAUCAGUCAUGACCUAACCCCUGCACAUGGGGAGGUCAGCACGUGCCUGCCUUUGUGCGAGAAAGAGGAAACACUGUGGCACCAGGCCCGUGGCAUGAGAGUGACGAUGCUUUUCAGACCCAGGAGGCCAUGGUUAGUGGAUUUCAAAAAACAUAGUUAAAGAAGAAAAAAAAAAAAAAAUUACAACAGUCCAGCAAAUUGCUAGUCUGGGUGAACCGUAAUUGGGUGAAGAGCUUAGUAUUCUAAUGUCAUCUGUUUGUUCAUUUCACAUUUUUUAAAAGACUAACAACCAAAAAACCCACUUCCUUUUCAAGGGUUUUUAAAAAAGUCUACAUUGAGCAUUUGAAAGGUGUGCUAAGACCAGGGUCUCUCGUGCAUCUGAGGCUACUUUCUAGCAGAGUGGUGCCAUCACUGGGCAUUUUGGGUGGGAGGUGGACUUAGCUGGUGCAUAGCCGUGGGCCCUCUUUCCUGAGGAGUCCUGGAUUGCUCUGGCCCCAGCACGACACUCAUCAAAACUCACAGUGCUUCCUAUUCCUGUCUUUCCUGUGAAGAAAUAGAUUCCUAGAAAGAAACUGAUUGCCUACAGGUCAAAGAAAUUCAGAACUGCCAGCCAGCCUGACCUGCAUUCAAAGAAAGUAUUUUUAUUUCUGUAGAGGGAAAGUUAGACCGCAAGUGUCUCCCCACCCAAGGAGAGAGUUCCGAAGACAACACAUCUCUGCAGUUUUUCCUGAGUGCCCUGAGAUACUUCUCAAAGCCCUUGUGUUUAAUAAGUGAUGUACAUAAACUGUUUUGCUUAAGCAACUUCAUUUCUCUGGUUCAGUGUAUAGGAAGCAAUUCUAAACAGUCAAUGUUAAUUUCUUCCCAAGCCUGAUUCUUAAUUCUCUGUAACACCUCGAGGACUUUAGUGCUUGUCCCUCUGGGCGAAUGGUUAUACCCAACGUGGGUGCUGCAGGAAGGCAAGCUAGUGUUACCCGCGUGCCCUGGACUGACACAGAGACAGUGGAACAUGCUAACUUCUGAAGACUCCAGUCUGAAAACCAGCUGCCAACUUUGUUACCUACCUGAGGGCUAUCCUGAUGUAAUUAACCUCUCAUAAUUAGUGAUCCCAUCAUUUUAACACCUUUUUUUGGUUCUCUCUGACCUUUAAUCAUAAAGUGUUGGGGAUGUUAAGUGAUUUGCCUGUAAUUUAGGAUGGUUUUUUAAAAUGUGUAUAUAUAUUAGUUAAUUAGAAAUAUCCUACUUUCCUAUUGUCAACUGAAAUUCAGAGCAGUUUCACGAGUGCAUGGAUCUGGGUCUUAGUUUUGGUUGAUUCACUCAAGUGUUCGUUGAACGUUUGUACCUGAUGUAUCUGCUUGUCUUGACCGAGAGCAUCAUGCAACAGGACCCUCAUUCCAAAGCAGGGGCCUUGGGAGAGGGGUUUGUGUGGGGUAUUAGCAGUUAUUUCAGAGAGAUUAUGGAAAAAUAAUAGGUGGCCGUGCUGUGCAACUCCCUAAAUGGGAAUUCUCAGGUAGAAGGUGACAUUUUCAGAAAAAGUUCAAAGUAAAUUGGAAAUAUGAACUGCAGCUGCAGUUUUUACCCCAACCACAGCAUCCCAGGACUUUGAGUUUUACAGUGAGUUUGAGGCACCCACCAGCUCUGUCUAUAACAUGAAAAUUUCAGGGCGCAAAGGGAGACUAUGGGCCCAAAGCUGCAUUGUUAUCACAAACCUUUGUUUUGCUGAACAAAGGCUAUAACAAAACCAAUGUGCAGACUCAUUGGCUUGGUUGUUGGUUUCCAAAAGAGGAGGUGUGUAUGUGAUUGGUAAUUAUUGCUAGUGCAAAGGUCAUAUUUGUAAAGGUUUCAGAUAAUCAUUCUGGGUAGAAUCCUGCUAGGUCAUUGACAGGACUCAGCUCAACCUUUGACAGAUAUUAGUGGUUAUCUUAGAAGAUAGAAAGGGAGGUGAGAAUUCCAAGAAUACUUUACUUUUAGAAUAUCCUGUAUAACACUUGGCUCUUGGUGCCACCAAAUUAACACCAAGGCAGACUCCAGUCAGAGCUCCAGUUUUCACUUGCAUCUGUAAAUUACAGAAACACCUUUCCUCAAGCCUAGAAUCUGUGUUUCUCACCAGACUCCAGGUAACUGUUGCCCUGUUGUAACUCCACAGGUGUGAUGGGCUUAGGCGAUCUGUUCUAGAAGCACACCUUAGGUAACUCCCAUGGAAUAAUGUACUGGCCAUUCUGACCUGUCACCAGCAGAUACAUAGGACACAGGCAAAAUUCUUGUUUCCUCUAGUUCUUUCCUGUAGCACUCCUCUUUUAGAAUCUAAAUCUUCUACAAAAGCUUUGAAUACUGUGAAAAUGUUUUACAUUCCAUUUCAUUUGUGUGUGUUUUUUAACUGCAUUUUACCAGAUGUUUUGAUGUUAUCACUUAUGUUAAUAGUAAUUCCCGUAUGUGUUCAUUUUAUUUUCAUGCUUUUCCUGCCAUGUAUCAAUAUUCACUUGACUAAAAUCACUCAAUUAAUCAAU